ACGUCAUCGCGCAAUGUUUACGUUUCUCCAGCCGGGGAGAGAGCACGGAGCCGGGAGGAGGAGGAGAAUCGGGAAGAACCGGCGUCAGGGCUGAGCUCGGUCGGCCAGCCGUGCUCGCCGCUCGCCUCCAGUAAAGUGGCGAGCGCCCGCUCCCGAACGGGUGUCGUGCCCGCCCAUCGAUGUCCCGAUCGGAUACAGGCGGAAAGUCGCUGCAGGUACAAGUUGAUUGACGUCGAAGGUCCAUAUGCAACGUAAAGAAAGUAGAAGAAUGGUGGGAGCGCUGGAACCCCUUGGUGCCCUCUCCCGCUGGUACCUGUAUGCCAUCCAUGGGUACUUCUGUGAGGUGAUGUUUACAGCUGCUUGGGAGUUUGUCAUCAAUUUUAACUGGAAGUUCCCAGGAGUUACCAGUGUGUGGGCUCUGUUCAUCUAUGGCACGUGCAUCAUGGUGGUGGAGCGAAUGUACCUGUCUCUCAAAGACCGAUGCCCCGGUUUAGUGAGAUGCCUCAUCUACACCCUCUGGACCUACAUCUGGGAAUUCUCAACGGGAUACAUCCUGCGCCAGUUCAACGCCUGUCCCUGGGAUUACUCCCAGUUCGACUAUGACUUCAUGGGGUUGGUUACACUGGAGUAUGCGGUCCCCUGGUUCUGCGCUUCUGUCCUUGUGGAAAAGCUGGUGAUCAGGAACACCCUGCGUUUGAGGUUUGAUGAAAAUGGGGAGCCACGAUCUCCUGACAUUGCCCCGGCCACACUGUGGGACCACUUGAAGCUCAGGAAAGAAAAGUAGAGACCAAUCUGUAAUCCAUUUGAAGCGUUCCAGAAAUGGACAAAAGAAAACAGACAUUUAACAAGAGCUGUGUUUUUUUUUGUACUACUUCUUGUCAGAAAUAGCUUUUUCUUUACAAUGCUCCUCUGUAUGAAUGAUUCUUUCUGUGUGGUGUCCACACUUCCAGUGCAUGCACUGAUAUUGACAGGUACUUAAUCAUCGCACACCGUGGAUCAAGCCAGGAGAACGACAGAAAACCUAUUAUUUAUGCUAACUCAUUUCCUAAAACCUCCCAUUCCUCACUAACCAGUCUCUGUUCUGAAAAUUCACUCUGCUUUUACCUGAUUGGUUACUCUUACAAGAUAGUUAUGGACAUGUGACUAGGUCACACAUAAUACCAUUUUAUUUCUUUACAUAAUGCACCCAAUUUGUUCCAGAGUGGAAUUGAGGGCACACAUCAUUUGAUAUUUGGGUUGGAGCUCCCUCUGCAGACAACAUAAGAUGUGAUUAAAAAUGGGGUAUUAUGUAUGUUUGGAUCUUGGACUUGUGCCCAAUUGUUGUCCAAGGUUUCUCUCAGUUCCAUGUCUUAAUGAAACAUUUCUGCAUGCUGCAAUAAAACCCAUCAUGAUUCUGCUGGCAUGCUUUUUCUAGGAUUU